UCCCAAUCUUGCAUAUUUUUGGAUUUUUUAUAUUUAGAAAGAAGUUGGUAGCGAUGUUUCUUCAUCGCUCUUAAAACAUCUGUAAACCAGGAAGCUCUAGGUCUUGUUACCCGUUUAGUGUAAAUACGAACUUAGAAAUCAAAAAGCGCCAAAAUUUUCCCCGUCACUUUCGUCAAUUUAGCUUAAUAUUAGUGUCAUAAAAAAGUUCACCUCAGUCUACAUCGCAAAGGUUAGCAUUAAAGCGUUCUCUAUCAAGAUGUUUUAGGUCCCUAUACUUAACGAACUUAGUGUGCAGUAAAUUAGUUGGUGGUCAGAAUAACUAUGGAUGUAUCGAUGUUGUACGCUCCUGUUUAAAAGUCAAAUAUUGGACAAAACGAUAAUCAAGCUGACUUUAUCUGUUGAGUAUCUUGUGGAACUUAGGACGAUCUGUUCAAAAUCAAAGGUAUCAAGCAAGUUGUCAAACUGAGCAAUUAUAUUGGAGAUCCUUAAAGGGUUUAUGUUGAUGUCACACAUUACAACUAACUUAUUCGCUAAUGGCAUAAUACUUGCAAUUGAGUUUUCCAGCAUUUGAAGAGCAGUAAAAAAGCGUGGGUUAAGUAAUUAGAACCAUGUCCGGAAGAAAUCAAGGAAAUACGCAGAUGAUCGAGGAUUUGCCGAUCGGACCUUUAGAUCAUUACAGGAAACAGGCCAGGUUUGACUGGAAGCAGAUGAAGUUGUUCUUCGAAGAUCCAGAUUUACUUAAGAUAAAGAUGAAAGUAUGGAACACUUUGGAGCAAGAUCCCGCGUUCCAACGGCCGACUAGGACGCCCAGCAGUGAGGAGAUGAAAAGGCAAUCGGCCGUGCAAUUGCUUAAGUACUGCCAGUAUAAUUUCCUGCAUCCUGAUACGGCCAAAUUGUCGUACAAAAGGAAGACUAGGUUUAUGAUGACUGUAAAUGAGGCGCUGGCCGUUACAUUUCCAGAUGUUUCCGUUAAACACGCGGUGGGGGUCGGAUUAUUCAAAAAUACGCUCACGACUUUGGGCACCGAAAGGCACCACCGCAUCCUUGACGCCGCAUGGAAUAAUAAGGUAUUGGCGUGCAUCGCCCUGACGGAAAUUGCACACGGAAGCAACACAAAACAAAUGAGAACCACGGCCACCUACGAUCCGAAAAGUCAGGAGUUCGUCAUAAAUACCCCAGACUUUGAAGCUGCUAAAUGUUGGGUAGGAAAUUUAGGUAAAACUUGCACGAUAGCGUUGCUGUUCGCCCAGUUGUAUACCAAAGGUCAGUGCCAUGGAUUACAUGCAUUUCUAGUUCCUAUCCGAGAGCCAAGAACCUUGAUACCCUAUCCGGGUAUAACAGUGGGGGACAUGGGCGAGAAAAUAGGUUUGCACGGUAUAGACAACGGGUUCGUUCUGUUCAAGGAUUAUCGAAUACCGAGGGAAAACCUGCUGAACCGCACUGCAGAUGUAACCCCUAGCGGGGAAUACGAAAGCAGCUUCUCGGACCCUGGGCGGAUUCUGGGAGCUGCUCUAGAAAACUUGUCAACUGCCCGAGUCGGAAUUAUGCAGGAGAGCUCGAACAAUAUCAUAUGCGCGGUAACUAUAGCAGUAAGGUAUGGCGCAAUCAGAAAGCAGUUCGCCCCUAAUGGUGACGGAGGCGGUAACAACGAAGAGCUGCCAAUAAUAGAGUAUCAAUUGCAUCGAUGGCGACUUUUCCCUCACAUGGCCGCCGCGGCUGUGUUAAAAGUCUUCGUAAAUACGUUUACUGAUUUGUAUUUAUCGGCCGUCGAAUUGUCCACCACAUCGAAGGAGCUAAAAGAUUUAAGCGAUAUGGUAUCCGAGAUACACGCAAUUGUAUCGUGCGCCAAACCUCUAGUCACGUGGUCGUGCAGAGAUGCGGUACAAGAGUGUCGCGAGGCGUGCGGCGGUCAUGGUUUCCUGAAGUCUGCGCGACUAGGCGACCUCCGUGCCACCAUCGACCCGUGCGUCACCUACGAAGGCGACAACAACGUCCUCGUCCAACAAACCAGUAACUGGCUGCUGAGGCAGUGGCAGGGUCUUCGUUUAGGUGCAAGUCUGACCUCACCCCUAGGCAGCUGCCGUUUUCUUCAGGAUCACGAGAGGAUCGAAGGGUAUAACUUUACGGCGAGAAGCCCCGAUGAGUUGCUGACCUCAACAUUUAUCCUCGAGUGCUAUCAAUGGCUUCUGCUGUAUUUGGUCAAAGCGACGGAUACGAAGCAAACCGAGGUAAUGAAGAAGCAGGACAAGUUCACUGCCCGGAACGAAUCCCAAGUGUACCGAGCGGCCAUUUUGUCGAGAGCGUUCGGCGAGUAUCUGGCCCUGAGAGACUAUUGGCAGAAAGUGCGAUCGGCCGACAUUACGUUGGUGCCAAUCUUGAACAAUUUAGGAGCGUUGUAUGGGUUAGCAUGCCUGGACAGAAAUCUCAUCUACUUCUAUCAGGGUGGGUUUACGAACGGCCCAGAGUUCUCGCUGAUGGUCAAAGACGCCAUUUUACAUCUAUGUGAUGUACUGAAGCCGGAAUGCAUGGGAAUCAUCGAUGGUAUGGCACCGCCGGACUUCGUUGUAAAUUCAGUACUGGGGAAGUCGAACGGGCGGCUGUACGAGAAUAUCCAGGCGGAAUUGAUGCACAGUCCGGGCGCCAUGUCGAGACCUGAUUGGUGGCAUGAGGUGGUAAUAAAAGACGCACCCGAUUUCGCCAAGUGCCUCAGCAAACUUUAACGCUUAGAGAUAUCCGGUUGGGGAGAUAGCUUUUUAUUGUUCUUUCAUUUCAGUUUUAUAGUUCGCAUCCUAAACAUAUAUAUAUGAUGUAAACAAAAUUAUACAUUUAAAGUAUUUCGUGAAACCAAAGUCGUAUUCCGUUUUCUAUACCCGCUGACAGAAACUGUUAUCCUUUAAAGCAGCUAUUUUGUUUCUUCCAUGGAGCAAUCCCUUUACUCCACAUUCCUUUUAUAAUUCAUGUCAUUAAAAACUGUACAACUUUUAAUAUCAGUAAUAAUUUUUACUUUUAUAGCAAUUCUUUUCUUAUUUACUCUGCGCACAGAAAAAAUCUCCGGUUUGAUUGACCUUAAAGUACUUUAAAGUUAUAUUUCUUGAUUUAAGUGUGUCUUGUCAAAGUUUUAUAUACUUUUAAUAUUUAACUUUACUUUUAAAGUGCCACUGAUGACAAUGGGGGCUACGCAGUAAGCACAUCGACUUUAAUGUCAAUUUUGAAAUUAUUUCAAUAAAUAUUAACUUUCAAUAUUGAAAAAAAAAUUAUAUGCUGUAAUGAUCCGUGACUUAAGUUUGCGUUUGCAUUUUCAUUAAUUUUACCAGAUGAAUUCUUACUCUUGAAGUCUGCCAUAUUGCAGAAUCAUGGCUGGACUUCAAUACAUCCUAUUAUACCAGGACAACCACCCAUUUCCAUAAAUCUAUACAUGUAGAAAUAAGUAAUACUUUAUUUGCAGUUGAUUACAAACUUGCAAUUACAAAACUUUAUUAUGUCGCCAAGAACUAUCAGUUCUGUCACUUCUGAUGCACGCUGAUUAAAAAGUCUCAAAAAACUAAAAUAUUAAAAAAUAAUUGUUUCUUUUAGCGAUUUCGGUUUUGUUCUUAUUAUUCACUCUUAGGGUUUUAAGAAUAGCUGUUUUUCUUUCUCUGUGCCUUUUAGGUGAGAUCCAAUUUCCCCAAGUGACCAUCAGUUGCCCAAUUCUCUGGACACCCCAUAAACAUUUUUAAAGCUAGCUAGCUGAAAGUUUAAACUUCUAUAAAGAAAAUAUUUUGUUUUUCUGCUAUAAGGGAAAGUAAAUAUUUGACUCCUUAGUACCGAAUAUUUUUAGUAUAAAAAAAUAUUUUAUUUAACGCUCACCUUUCAAUUUUAUAUUAAAGCAACAAACAAAACUAAGUUUAAGAUUUGUUUUUGAAAAAAAUAUAUUUAAGUUAUGUUUCUUACUUCAAACGAUUUUCUUUUUUUUAAUUGGUGCGUACAAAUGAUUGAAAUUAACAAAGUCACUUGACAUCUUUUAAUUUCUGGAAAUGUUUUAUUUCAAUUAUUGAUUUAGAGUGUCUUCCGGCAUACCAGUAUUGACAUCAAGUCGAAGAACUCAGGGCUGCAAAUAGCUGAAUGUUUCCAGUUUUUUGUUUGAAAAUCAUCAGUAAAUCUUCAAAAGCAGUCCUUAAUAUUGGAGACCAAUUUUGAUUAGAUUUGGUUUAGUUUUUGGUCGUUCGACCUGCAAGAACUAAAUUCGAUAUAAUAAUAAAUCCUUACUGUCUGAGUUAAAGCGCACCAGUGAAGAAGUACACUUUUUAGAACGUGCUGUGAAUGGCAGUUUUUAAUAUCCUUUAAAAGAAAACAAGAA